AUGGAGCCGCCGGCUGCUCCUAUUGGCUGUUCUCUUCUUCGCGUGGCUCACAGGGAGGAUGGCACUAACAUUGCUGACAGUAACGGGAGAAAUGUAGGGGACGGCAGUGACAGUAACGAGAGCGGUGGUGUGGACAGCAGCACGAGCAGCAGUGGUGAUGGGCCUGGAGAUGAAAAUUCAGGUGAAAAUUCAGGUAAUGGGAUAGGUGAUGUGAAGGUGGAUCAAGAGCAGCUGAAGCAGGAGCUGCUACAGGAUGGGGCAGUGGAGGAUGAUGAGGUGGCAGGAAUCCCGGAUCUCACUGCUGACCUGGACGAAUCCGAGUGGGCCAAGGCGUCAGCACGCAAUCGGGAGCGGAUAAGGUCGUUAGACAACUCGGAUUUUGACUUCCCAAUCGACGCUGCUGCUGCUGGUGCCGCUGCCUCACUAGCAGACGAGGAAAACGAGGACGACGGGGUGGAGAGAGGCGAAACCGGGGAAGGUGGGGGGAUCGGGGCAGCCGGAGAAGCAGGAGGAGCAGGAGGAGCAGGAGGAGAGGGAGGAGAGGGAGGAGAGGGAGGAGAAGCCGAGGAGGAGGAAGGGGAGGGGGACGGGGACGGAGGGGAGGGGGACAUAGAAGACGAUGACAUGGACUUGUCAUACGAUUCAGAGGACGAGUUAGAGGUUGUCCUGCUCCUCCGCAUCCCUCGCAACAUGGCAGAGCUCCGAGCUGUGCGAGCCACCCUCGCGCUCUACAAGCGAGAGUUCCCGCUCCGAGUCGUCGUCAUUUUCGUCAAUCUCUACCUCUUCCUGCAGUCGUUUUGCAUCCCGGGGACUAUUUUUAAUCUCUGCUCCCCACUCGUCGGCAUACCCAUCCGGAUCUACCUCAUUGGAACGUUCUUCGGGUUCAUCCCCUCUAGUGUGAUUCAAGUUAAAGCCGGGUGCGUGCUCUCGACCAUUAACUCGCUCUCGGACCUCUACGACGCGCCUACUAUUGCGGCUUUAUUCCUAGUAGCCAUAUUGGCCCUCGUUCCUCCGCUCUCUAAGACCCUCUGGGCGCAGAGGCUAUGGGCUCAGGCCAUGAGCAACAGCACAGUAGCCGCUUUCGUCUCCUUUAUAAGCAGCCUUGGUGUGAAAUGUCAGCAGCAGCAGCAGCAGCAGCAGCAGCAGCAGCAGCAGCAGCAGCAGCAGCAGCAGCAGCAGCAGCAGCAGCAGCAGCAGCAGCAGCAGCAGCAGCAGCAGCAAGGGGGUUCAGCUGGAGGGUAUGGAAGCAGGGAUCAGACUGCUGGCUGGGAGCAGGGCAGUGGGGGGGGGUGCAUGGCCAGUCGCCCUGAGAGGCGUUUUGCAGCAGCGUCAGCAGAGGCAGAAAUUCAACAGUACCAGCCACAGUAUCAGCCACAGUAUCACCCAUAG